AUGGCUGAUGAGAGCUGUUACGGAGACGCGAGCGGCGAUGUACCCAGACCCUACGAUUACAACAUACUGGAUAAAAUUCUGGACGAGGUCAGCUUUUACAGCGAAUACCCUGACUACAAAGAGGAGGAAUAUCUGGUGUUAGUGACACUGUUUGACUACACCUCCAGAAACUACCAGCGCCGCACCAGAACCGACGCGGACAUUGACCUUCUGCCGCCACCGGAAAACGAAGAGAGGCCAGCCAAGUAUGCCGGUAGAGUCUUUGUGUACCCGCCCACCACUGACCUGUUUCAGGAAAUUGAGAAGGCUGUUCUGGCGGUUGCAGUUCACUUUGCAGCCUCCGUAGCCCGCAUACGCGUCAAGGAACAGGUCGGUUCGUUGAGACUCCUGCUUCCCCAGGAGUGGCGAGAGGCCGAAAACCAUGCAGAUGUCAUGCCUAUCUACGCCUGGUACAAUCAACUGCUUGGAAAGUAA